UUGGGCAUCAAAUUAUCUUGAAUGAUUACCUUAUACUAUAUUUAUUUAUAUAUUUUUAGAUAUACUCGUAUAAACCUUUUUUUAAUAAACGGAUCUAGAUUGCAUACAAUUAAAAAACCUAUGUCAAAAUUAUUUAAAAUCAUAAAGACAUUAUUUUUUUGAGUAAUGUCAGGAAAUUUAAAAAUAAAAGACUCAACAAUAAUUCAACUUUAUUCCAGAGCAGAGGCUCCUUGUAGAGAUUAUUAUGGUUUAACCGUUACUGAUGCUAAUAUUUUAUUUAGUACUUGGAAAAUUUCAUAUGGGCCACAUUUGCAUCCAAAAUGUAGAGUUGUUUCAUAUGAAGACAUAAAAUAUGAUAAAUACCUUCAAGAAGAAAUACGAACUACUUUUGGAUAUGGAGCUUUUCUAUUCAUCAGAAGUUUAUAUAACAAUGAACAUAAAUUGGAAACUUUGACAAAAAACGUAUUUUUUUAUUUAAUGAAAUAUCUUAAAAUUAAAGAUAUUUUUAAUUUGGCACAAACAUCCAAAAUAUUAAAAGAACUUUGUAAUACGGAUAACGUAUGGAAGAUUAUUUAUCAAAAGUAUUUAAAACGAAAUUGCUAUCCAGAUGAAUUACGGAACGCUAUGGAUAUUGGAUGGAAAGAAAUGGCCAAACGCAAAUCACUUUUAAGAAAAAAGACUGUUAAUUCUAUAAAUACAACCCAAAAACUACAAGAUAAAUCCAAAAUUAAGCUAAAAAUUCCAAAUAAACCUGCUUCCAAGCAAGGUUCCGCUGUAAAAUUGAUUGAACACGCAACUCCUCGUAAGCCUAUUACAAAGCCUACUAUACCAAAUAUGUCUGCAUUCAAGCCAACAAUACCAAAUGAGUCAACAGGCAAACAUGUUUCUGCUGUUAAAUUGCUUAACUCAAUACCUGAUAAGCCUGUAAUUAAGAAAAUAUUGCCAAAUAGGCCAAUAAUCAAGCAAGUUUCUAAUGUCAAAAAUAAAUUAUCGGAUAGAUCACUUAAAAUUAAAUAA